CUGUUCGUGAUGCCACGAGUGUUGAUGUAAACAUGAGGGUUGGUGUUCAUACAGGUAAUGUUCUAUGUGGUGUACUUGGCCUGAGGAAGUGGCAGUACGAUGUCUGGUCACAUGAUGUUACUUUAGCCAAUCACAUGGAGAGUUGUGGUGUUCCUGGGCGUGUUCACAUAACCCAGACAACGUUAGACAAUCUUGGUUUGAAGUACGAGGUAGAACCUGGCCGAGGCCAUGAACGCAGUGAAUACCUCAGAGAUAUGAACAUUGAAACUUUCUUUAUUGUAAAUCCAAAGUCAUCAGCUAACAAAGUUGAGGAGACACAAGCUGCGACUCAAGAGAAGCCUAGGGGUAAAGUGUCCCGUAGGAUGGCCCUGUUCCUUGAGUCCUGGUCUGGUGCGGAUAAACCAUUUCAACACAAUGCCACUAUGCCUGUACCAAAAUCUAUUGGUUUAUCAGGUAUUUAUGCCAUGAAUGCUUGCCUUGUUCCUUUCACACUUAUGGAUCACAAUACAAGAAUCCUUCGUCAAUCCAUCAUUAUUGAUAAACAAGUCAAUGAAAGAAUGGUGGAAGCUAUCGAAGCCAUUAACUCUAGGAAACCCUGGUCUAGAUCAGAAGACAUACAUAGAGGAACCAUGUUUUUUAGAGAGUCACAUUAUGAGAAAAAGGUAAGGAAUUAUGGAAUAUUUAUACUUUAGUUAAUUUUUACUAUCACACCUCUAACCAUUAAGCUAUACCUCAUAAUAUAACUUAUGUCAUCCAUUAAUCAAUUCUAUUAUGAUAAUAUUUACAGACUAGAUUAAUCUAUUUUGAUAAUACAUGUACAUGUAUGUACAUUUGUUUGAAAGUUUUUUAACCUUCUUUUUUGUCAUAAUUAACUAUGUGAUCUAGCUCGCCAUGGAUUUAUGAUUUUUUGGUAAAGUAAAUAAAAAAGCAACUUUUACAAUUCUUGCUUUGAUGAAAAUUCUUUCAAAUAAUUCAAGAAAGAAAAUAAAUCAGUAGGCAUUAGGAUGUAUUUUAGCCUAUUUCAUUCCUGAUAAGCACAAAUAAUCAAAUUAUGUAAAAUAGCCUUAAAAAUGGACAUACAUGUACUUACGCUUUUCCACAUGCACUCAUCAGAGUAAAAUCACAUGAAUAAACAGAUUGCGAGAGCAAAACAAUAUAUAAUAGAAACGAGUAUGACAAUGGAUGCUUAAUGACAAGCUUUAAUUUGCUUACAAGGUAAACAAAAUAGGCUUAGUUGACUGCUAUUAAAUGAAACAAAGUAAAUACAAAAAUGCAAGGGUUCUUUUUAGCUCUUUCUGAUGGCACAGAAUGGGGUCAGUAAGGGUGUGUUUAUGCUUCCAUUGCGAGGACAGAAUCAGCGUUUUCAAACGUCGAUUCAAAACGCCGAUCGUAAACGUGGUUCUGGGAGUGCUGUUUAUGCUUCACUUUUCAGAGGCGAAAUCACGAAGUCCAGCUGGCUUAUCAUCGUAAUUUUCGUUGAGCAGGAAAGCGAGGUCAAAUUGGGCGCGCCCUUUUUCGAAAGUUUUUUUUUCCGAGAGUUAUGGGGAAGGUACGUUGACUGUUAUUUACAUAUCGAACAAUUUCCGAUAUUUUAGUCAUUGCAUGGAGCUACUUGACAUAGCAAUAUAUUUUUCACCAUGGUGAGGAUAAUAGUGAGAAAAAAAUCAAGAAUAUUAAAGUAUACAUAAUAAAAUAAUAAAACACCUAUUUGUUUAUGGGAAUCUGGCGAUGUCUCCUCAUUAUAACUCAUGUUCCAGGUUUUUUUUGUAAAUCCCUCAACGUUCAUCGUGAUGACAAAUUGGAAGAGUAAUACUAGUGAUAGUACUUAAAUCAAUUAUCACACAUGCAAAUGUAACAAGAGAGAUGAGAGGUAAUUCCGUUAACAUGCGACCAUGGAGCAAUGCGACUGUAUUUGCCCGCGGAUUUUCAUCUCACCGGAAGCAUGCACCAAAUGACGUCAUUUAAACACGUUUACGAUCGUGGUUCUGUUUAUACUUCCCCAGAAAGCCUGAUUCUGGUCAAACGACGUUUACAAACGCACCUUUUUGUGAGUUUACGAUCGGCGUUUUGAAACAGCGUUUAAAUGAAAGUAAGCAUGGACGCAACCGUGUUUUGGACUAAUCACGUUUGGAAACGCUGAUUCUGGCCUGAAAAGUGGAAGCAUAAACACGGCCUAAGAUGAAUAUAUGUUGCCUCGAGCAGAGAUGCCAACCGUUACGUUUUUGCCGUAUUUGUUACGUUUUUUCACCCAAAAUACGGCGUUACUUUUUUUCUUUGUAAAAUACGUUUUCUUAAAAUUUCGAUCGUGUACAAUAUGCAUUGUGUUUAGCUAGCUGGGUGUUUAAAGGGAUCGUUUAACUUUGUGAGCAGCUGAUUUAAAAAAUUCUCAAACUGAGUUGAAACGUGCGUAUGAGUGCCUGUAUUUGUCCUAAAAAACCCUGAAACAGACCACAAUAUAGGAUGAAAAACUCUAAUUUAGAUACAAGUACACUGUAGCAAUUCAUUAGCCUGAUUUUGAGAACCAUCUAGUAGACGGGUUCAGCUUAUGACCAGUUUUCUCCAAUUCAAAAAGUCUGUUGGCUAUUUUGACUGCCUUCUGUUGUGUGUAUCUCCUAUACACACGCUAUUAUCUGCACUGUACAUUCAGUGUAUACCUUGUACACACUGUAUGUACAUGUAGGUCAUGAUGUGUUCAUCUAGAAUUAAUGUGUUGUGGUGCUCAGAUUCUCUGUAUACACAUAGUCAUUGAAACCAACUCCCAAUUAUUUUCAAACUUUGGUUUAUAUCUCCAAGGUUUUAAAAUUGAUCCUGUAAAUAUAAUACUUUGAAACUUUUGGGAUGGUAUUUUUACACUAUAAGCCUAAUGUUUAGCCCAUUUUCAGGAACCAAAAGGAGAAUUUUUUUAAUCAGAACAAAGUGAAAUUAUCACUUUAAGGUGAAGUGUGCAUUACGAUAGGUAGUGCGGUAAUGAAUUACGCAUAAAAAAUCCCCAAUGUGGUGGUGCUUUGUGCAGGGCAUAAAUAAAGGUAUACCAUAAAAUUAAUUGACGGCCAGGUCGUCGAUGCCCCUAUAACUGGCCUUGAUGCCUUUACAAAAAGUGAUCAAUUCACGGCCAAAAAGGCCGUGCCCUUUUUUUCUACCUGGCCGACGUGCCCUUUUUCAAAACAGGUCAUGCCCUUUCUCAGUGUAAGAUUAAAGUUUACAAAGUUCUCCCAUAUUUC